AUGGACCUCAGGGACAGCUUGGCGGUUGGCGCGCCCAUCACCACCGCUCGUGAGCAUGGCGAUCUCGCUGAGCAGCUAUACCUCGCUGGGAAGUGGCAGGAAGCGUUGGGACAUCACCAACAAGCGGCUGCGCAGUACAAAGAAUGCUUGAAUUAUACCCACAAUCCAGGAUUGCACACCACUUUACAAAUGUUGCACAAUGAUCAUGCCCGAUUGGCGAGAGACCUCAAACGAAGAAUAUCUGACAAUGAACAACAUCCCACAUCCCCGACAGCACUGAAAGGUCGUGCAUUACCGGCUGUCCCCAGCGUUACGGGGAUCCAGGAAACCCAGCCUCAAUUACCUAGCAAUCCUGAUCGCCAAACAAGACCUCGAGAUGUCUACCGAAGAAGUGUACAGAAUAAUCUGUGCCAAGAGGGACGCGUCACGGCGCCCCGUUUCCAACGCUCUACUUUAUCGCACGAUGAUAACUCCCACACACAAUCUCCAGGUCUAUCGCCGUCCAACUCUCACUUGAUGCAUGAUUCCCACACAACAGAGAAGAUGGUUGAUGGGAGUUACAUGUUUUUAGGGGAUGGGCAAGAACCACAAGACUCGUUCACUAUUUUCUUCAAGGCCAUCGAAGGAAUGCUGGACAAAUUUAGCCAGCCCAUAGCUUUCGCCACGGCACCACUAGUUUCGGGCUCUUCGAGGACGUGUAACUCUCCUCAGAAGGUGAAAAGUAACGUGCAAAGCGAAUCUACUCCCAUUGACACGGAUGGUUACGAAUCUGAGGACUCUGAUUCAUCUUUUUAUAUGAUCGAUCCCGCAUUAUCGAUCCCUGACUCGGCUUCUGGAUCACAAUUUCAAUAUCCACCCCCCCUCUUCCAAUCCUCAUCAAGCAAGACUGGGACUUUACGAGCCAAAGAAGCUGGUUCUCAUUUACUCCAGACUGAGAAUAAGUUAGAAGAUGUGUUGCGUGCUAGAGAGCAGCAGCAGAAGGCAAUGCGAGACAGCAUCAUGAUGGUAAAAAGAGAAGCUCAGCGAGCUAUGGCAGCCUCUGCGAAUCUUGGACGCUCGGUCCUCCCUCAGCCACCUCAGGCGCUGCAGGCCUCUCUCAUGGGCCAAGCCAACCCGUCCUACAUGCCUAUUCCUCUUCCUCGUCCCCACCAGGUUUCGCCUGAGAAGCCUGUGGCUCCAAUCACCCCUGCGGUCCCAAUAUUAGACCCUGCCUUGGACAUGCAAACAUUGAGACGCAUGCAAGACUUAGAGACCCAAAUUCAAACUCUUAAGAACGAGAACGAACAACAGAAAGCACAAAUUUCACGGUAUAGGCAGAGGUGGGCAAAACUCAAAGAGAAUGCAAAACGCAAGCACCAGAAGGAUGACCCUCACCCUGAUCGGGCCGGGCCGGCGGCCCCGACUCCAGACGAUGGAGACGAGGGCUGA